AUGAGGUGGCCUAAUGCAGCACAUUCAGUUGUCUGGAAACAUCACAAACGAAAGGUUCAGCUGGGUUCAAGGUUACAAGUCGACCGUUUGAGGCAUUGCGAUAAAACCGAAAGUAUUAUGAGUUCCUCGUUAGGAAGCUUCUCCAUUGAUCAAAUCAUUAGUUCCGGCAGUCCAAAGGCGCAUAACCAACCGAAAGAAUGUCGUGGAACUCUGCGGGACAUGCUUCCAACACCAGCAGAAAAAUCAAUCAAUUUGGGUGAUCCAUCCAUGAAUCGCCUAAGGACAGCGAGGCCGAUUGGCGAUGCACCAAAACUCGAGGUCCCAGAGGUCCAAAACCCAGUCGGAAGUCGGAGUUCACAGGAAGAGGAGGAAGCUUCCAAUGCAGGGAGAACUUACGUGUGUCCCGAAUGUGGAAAGGUGUUUACCGCCCACUACAAUCUAACAAGGCAUAUGCCCAUUCAUACUGGAGCCAGGCCCAUACUUGUCGGUAGGUGGUGUACGGAAACGAAAUCCAAGUCACUUCGUCCAGCUGUAGCACCCUUUCGGUGCCUAGCUGCCAUGCCACACGAAGGAGGCAUGAGGGCUGGGAUACUACCAGGUCGCCCAAGCCCAGAUAGGGGAUUUCAAGUGGCAGAGGUCGGGUUCGAACCACGAACCUUUCGGUCAGUUUGCAACAAAGGGUUUCGACAAGCUAGUACACUAUGUAGACACAAAAUAAUCCACACUUCGGAGAAACCUCACGUUUGCUGGACCUGCGGCAAGGCGUUCAAUAGAAGUUCAACUCUGAACACACAUUCCAGGAUCCAUCAAGUGCCACUGCAAGACUGGGUGGGCUCGAACCCUAGCCUCAUGCUUGCGGACGAACCGAUUGAGGUAGUAGAUAAUUUGUCUACCUGGGCAGCUUUAUCAAUCCCGGUGGUCUCGCGAAAGAUGAUACUUCCAUCCGGAUUGGGAAGGCCAGAGCAGCUUUUGUGGCCCUGCGUCACUUGUGGCGUAGGCGUCACAUCAGCCUAUCUGUCAAGGGUCGAGUUUACAAUGCUGCGGUGCGCUCCAUAUUACUAUACGGAUCAGAAACCUGGCCACUGCGCGCCGAGUAUGUCAAAGGAUUUUCAGUGUUUGCCCAUCGAUGUCUUUGGAUUAUUGCCCGGGAACACCGAAUCGGCAAUGCUGAAGUUCGUCAACUGUCCUGGUCAUUGCCGUCUUCCUGCAUGGGGACUUCGAGACAGGCCAUAUCAAAGGUUAGAGACAUUGUCAGACAUGGCCCAGUCGCACCCUCAAUGA